CAUUGGCUAUAUUGUGAACUUUUUGUGUGUGGGCGAUGUAAGUGCUUUUCCAACGCAAACACCUGGAAGCCCGACUGACAAUCAAAAUGAUCCUGGAAGUGCUCAAAGCUUACCUUACUCAGAAGCUGAAUCUUCUUUGAAUCGAAGCUUACUUCCAAUGGAAGGCAUGGAAUUAGUUAAGAGUUCAGGUAAUUACAGCUUACUUUUAAUGAAAAGUCUCAAAGACGUGGAAAAUGGCAACAAGCAACAUUCGUUGCCAAUGGAAGGCGUAACAUAUGAUGACAAGGUUUAUCACAAGGAAAGAUUACUUCCAGAUGAAGAUAUGGAAAUAGUAAGGUCUUAUAAAAAUGAAAGAUUUCUUCCAACGGAUGGCAAAAAACCAGUGGAUAACAUGAAUAGUCAUGAAGUAUCAAUGGAAGGGCAACAAAAUGCUGGCAAGGUUAAUCAAAUCAAAAGUUUACUUCCAAUGGACGAUAUGGAAAUAGUAAAGUCUUAUAAAAAUGAAAGAUUUCCAAUGGAAACCGAAAAGCCGCUGGAAUAUAAAAACAAUCCACAUGAUGAAAAGUCUUACCAAAUCGAAGUAUUACUUCCAAAGGAAGACCUAGAAGUAGCAGAGUCUCAUAAAAGUGAACUUUCACUUCCAAUAGAAGGCCCAAAGCCAGCGGACACCACAAAUAGUCAACAAAUAUCAAUGGAAGACGUUCAAAAUGCUGGCAAAGUAAAUCAAAUUGAAAGUUUGCUUCCACUGGAUGAUAUGGAUAUAGCAGAGUCAGCAAAAAUCGCCAGCAUUUUUCCAAGAAAACUUAAGAAAAUAAUCAAAAAUAACAAAAAUCACAAAACUCUUUCAAAACCAAGAGAUAGAAUAGAUAAUAUGUUCAUUUUACAUCACGCCCUCAAGAAUCGAAAAAAUACGAAUGUUCCACAACAUAAUCGAUCUAAAAUGAUCGAAUCCUUACGACCCACAAGUAAGGAUAAUAGAGAGUCUGGCACAACAAUCAAAUAUAUAAACAAACAACCAAAAGCCAACUUUGAUACAUCUGGAGAAAUGUUCGAAAAGUUUCCGAAUCUGUUAGCCGUGAACCAUAAUAAGGAUCUUAAGCAGAUGAUAUUAAAAAUCAAUGAACGGGGUGGCGCGACAAUGAACUAUUAUCCUGGUAAACAUUUGGAUUCUGUAUGCAUUGGCCGUUCCACCAUAUAUAACAAGCCCGUAGUAAUGGAUUGGCUGAAAACGAAAAUAUAUUCGGGCUGCAGCUCCAAUUCCGCUCAAUGGACCGGACCCGAGGCGUAUAGCAUGUGGUUUGCUUUCAGAUAUAACCUCUUCAAAAACGGAAGAUCUGAGGAGUGCCACAAAAUAGCUUUCAACACGUAUAGGUCCUAUCUGGAAUGUGCCUUGAUGCGCAAUCAACGCAUGGAGUUCUUAAUACCAAAAUAUCCACUUCAUCAAUUGGGAUACGUCUUUAUGUCCAGUAAGAGUAUAAAUGAGAACCUGUAUAACAGUUAUACAUCAUAUCAGCCAAAAUCGUAA